AUGGAUAAAAUAAUUGGAUUGUUAUCGAAAGAUGAUUGGAUAUACACAGGACUGCUCUUUUUCUCAUUCGGAUCGUCCUUGUAUGUUCGGAAAAUUGGAAAUAAUAUACUGACAUCGGGCGUCCUCGGAUUCGCUAUGGCUCUUGUGAUUAUUGGUCCAAAAGUCGCAUACUCACUCGGAAUUUGCGUGAUUGCCGUUUUGAUCCAACAAUUUGCCAACAAAAAAAGCACACCAUUCUACGUCUUCUUGACUACCUUCAUUUAUCUGAUGCUCGUCCGAUUCGCACAUUACUUCUUGCCAGUGAACGAAGUUGCCAGUCAUACAAACGUCAUUCAACUGAUUAUCACUCUACGCAUCAUCGGUAUCACGUUCGAAGAAAAUGACGCUUGGCUCCACAAGGACGAUGAGAAUCCCACAAAACGAUAUCUGACUCGGAUGCCGACAAUUCUUGAGAAAUUCGCAUAUUUCUACCAUUUCUGCGGUCUUUUCACAGGUCCAUACUACACGUUCCAAAUGCUGAUCGAUUCUCAACGCGGAGUUUUGAAAGAGUGGGAUCCAACAUCUGAAGUGAAAUCUCGAUUCCAACGUCUCCUAUGGUCCGUACCAGUAUUUGUUAUCACCAAUCAUUAUUUUCCACUUGAUACCCUCCGUUCCGAUGCUAUCUGGGAAGUGUCAUUCUUCACUCGUCUCGUUUACGCCGCUCUCAUUUUCGUUGUGUUCAAAACAAGAGUGUACAGCGCAUGGGCGAUAGCUGAGUCAAUUUGUGUUAUCCUUGGAAUCGGAAUUUAUCCAGCUGCUUCCAACCCAAAAAUUAUCGUUGGACCAACUGACCUAAAGACGUUUGAAGCCCUUGAAGAAAAGAAAUCAAUUGAAAUGAGCAGUGAUGCUAUUGUGAAUUUGGACAUUCCAAAGGUAGAAUUCUCGGAUGGCUUCAGAGAUGGUAUGAAGGCGUGGAAUCGAUCGGUCCAGACAUGGUUGGCGCUUUAUGUCCAUUCACGUGUCAAAGUGAUGAGAGUGGAGACAACAAUGUUGGUUUCUGCAAUCUGGCACGGCACAUACGCUGGAUAUUUUAUGUCUUUUGGAGUUGUUGCUAUGUGCGCUAUUCUUGAAGACGUAAUUUUCAAAUUAGUUCCCACAAAUCCAGAGACAGGAUUGAGACCACAAUGGUUCCGAAUUUUAUACACCCAUACCAUCCGUUGCCGUGGAUUCGAAAUGCUUGCUACCGGUUUCCUCUUGAAAAAUGCCUCCGAUGUUCAUCACUUCUGGUCCUCAAUUUACUACUGGUUGCCUCUUCUUUGCGUUCCAUUCUACAUUUACAGUGUGAAAACCGCCACUCCAAAACCUAAAAGAUCUCAAAAAUUGGAAUAG